AUGACAGACUCUACCAUUUUGAUCACGGCUGGUCCGUACCAAUUCCUCGCGAAUCUCGAGUCUGCAGCUCCCAAAACAGUCAAACUGUUCCGAUCUCUCCUCCCAUACCGCCAGAAGCUCAUUCACGUUCGAUGGAGCGGUGAGGGUAUGUGGAUUCCGUUGGGCGAGACCAAUUUCAACAUCCCCUUUGAAAACCACACGGCGCAUCCCGCGCCUGGUCAGAUUCUGUUGUACCCCGGGGGUAUCUCGGAGACCGAGUUCCUCUUCUGCUAUGGAGGAGUUGCUUUCGCAAGUAAGAUGGGAGCACUUGCUGCCAAUCACUUCUUGACUAUCACUGAAGGAUCUGAGAACCUACAUGCGCUUGGAAAUUUGACUCUGUGGGAAGGAGCACAAGAUGUGUUAUUUGAGCUCGCGGAUGAGGAUAAAAUUCGGCAAUUCAAGGCCGGUCGAUCUGCUAAACUUUAG